AUGCCGGAGAAGCCGAUGACAGCAGACGAAGCAUACAUGUUGACUCUAUCUCGGCUUGCAUCUCUGCAAGUUCUGAAUUACGGGAAGAUCACUGCCAAAGACCGCAGUAACGCAGAGCUCUACUACCUUUCGCUCAUUGGCAAGGAGCUAUCUGCCAACUCGGAGACUGCCGAACCAGAAAUCCUCAAGAAACAUCCUCGCUAUAGUGAGCUGUGCAAAAUCUACGGUGAACCCAUAGUCAGUCGGGCUUCCGACUCGACAGGGGCCGGUACUUCAGUAAACCCGCGCUCGGUUGCUGCCCGAUUGGUGAAAAUGGUCUUUCAUUUGCGACCCGACAACACUCAGACUUUCGAAACCAUCAAAUCAAAGGAGAUCCCUCGGUCCUUUGAUACAUUUCAGCUCAAAGCAAUUGUGUCUCGCCUCUUCAGUCUACCACCUUACGAAUGCCGGCUAAUAUGGGAAACGGAUGAGCUGGACCCUGUCAGCAAAGCGAACGUGGAGGAUGCGGAUGGAUGGGAUAGCGAACAGGAGGUUGCAGACGGUGACCCCAACGGGACUGAGGGUCAGAGACUUGCGAUUGACGAAACUAAAUUUGUCAAGAGAGAAGUUGAACUUGUGGACAGCACCAAGGACAUUGGAUUUUGGUUCCAACCUGACCUCAUCGAAGCAAGAGUCAGAGUAGAAGUUGUACCUCGCUCAUGA